AUGGCGUCAAACAAUAUAUUAUUAGUGAUAUGGUGUGAUGGUAGCAUCAUAAACUCCCCUCGUGGAGUUGAAUAUUUGGGGGGUAGAUAUGUUCAUGUGCCGAUUAAUGGAAGAAUAAAUUUUGGGGAGUUGGCCGAAAUCUGUAGAACGGCAGUAUCUACUAGUGUGAGCCCUCCGGAGGUGACGAAAAUUUAUUUUCGGCUACCUCAUGUUGAAAGGUACGAGAUAUGUUCAUACUCGUUGUUCGAAGUGCAAGAUGACCAACACGUAUUUGCGAUUCUGAACCAGACAGCUCGGAUGCCGACGUUGAACGUGUUAGAGUUCUACGUGGAGUAUCAUAUUUCGGCUUCUAAUGAAACUUCGAUGCAACUAGAUUUAUGUUCUAGUGAGUCUGAGAGAGGCAGUGUGGAAGAGGAAGAAGAUGAGCACUAUGAUAGUGAGGAAGAGGAUAUGGAGGAUAUUCUAAUCGCUGAACAACCAAGUAAUAUUACACAUUACCAGUCUCGACUUCCGCAACACAUACGAUGUGUCGAUCUCAGUGACUUUGAUGUGGACGAGACAUGGGAAGCGCCGAACAUUGAAUGGCAGCGGGGGAUGGAAUUUCAAACCGGGAUGAUUUUCUCGAGUCGAUUGGCUGUGCGAACAUGUGCCAUUACUUAUUCGGUUGAUAAUGGACGAGAGUUUAAGAGUCGCCGGACAACAAAAACAACACUGGUCCUAGUUUGCAAGCAUCGAGAAAUGUGCGAUUGGUGGCUGCGGGCCACCCUGCUUCAAAAAACCAACACAUGGACGUUGACGAAAUAUAUAGGGCCACACAAAUGCGAUAUGCUAGCGUCAACUCGUAACCACAGAAAUUUUGGAAUUAUUCAAAUUGCCGAUUUUAUUAAGACUCAAGUGGUGGGGCAGCGUGAUAUUCGGAUUAAGACGCUUAUGGCAGGGAUUUUAGAAUCCUUAGGACUGGACCUUCCAUAUAAGCGGGUAUGGUAUGCAAAAGAGAGAGCAAUUAGCAGCGUCUAUGGGGACUGGGAAUAUAACUACACGCAAAUAACGAAAUUCAUGGAUAAUGUGGUCGAAGUGAAUCCUGGAUCCUUUUGGCAUGGUGAAGAAUUUUCAAGCGAAUGUUUUGGACCUUCUUUCCGAUGGUUGACGGAUUUCCAUUUUGCAAACCAGUUUUAUUCAUCGACGGAACGCCUUCAGAUUGAAAUACAUGUGAUGUCUUUACGGCUCAAGACAUUUCACGAAAAUUUGGGCGAUGGUCGAACCUUUCAUGUUGAUGAAAGUAACCCCCAGUCAUGGAAUAGUAUGGAAUUACAGGAUUACGACGACAGUGAUUCUGAUGAUUUUGUGAAAUAUCUCCCCUGGACUUUAAUAAGAUGUUGUUCACAGUGCUAUAACUGGUGA